AUGGAUGGAAUCAUCAAGUAUCAAGGAUUCGACCAUAUAUGGAAAUAUACUGGACCAUGGAGACCAGCAAGUCGAAAGGGUAUUUUGAUAUUUGUGUUGGGGGAUCUAGGUCACUCGCCUCGAAUGUGUUACCAUGCAUCGUCAUUUAGUAAAGUGGGAUACGACGUGACUUUAUGCGGGUAUGUUGAAACGCAUCCGCCACUGGAGAUUGUGGAUGAUUUGAAUAUUGAUAUUGUACCUAUUGGAGUAGUCCACAAUAUCUACAACUUGCCAUUCGUACUUUUUGCUGCUCAAAAAAUCUUGCUUCAAGUGAAGCAGUUGGCGACGAUACUUUGGAAUCGAGGUGGUGAAAUGGAUGUGAUUAUGAUACAGAAUCCUCCUAGUAUACCAAUCUUGCUCAUUGUAUUGUUGUUCAAGUUUUUUGUCCAACGACACUGGAAAAUUGUGAUUGAUUGGCAUAAUUUGAACUACACCAUAUUGAAUUUGAGGUUUCAGAAUUUGAAUCAUCCAUUGGUGAGGUUGAUGAAGGGCUAUGAAUGCUACUUGGGGAAAUUUGCCGAUUUGAAUAUAACGGUGACUAAAAAAAUGAGAAAGUUUUUAAUUAACGAAUUUGGAUUUGCUAAAUCUAAAGUGACUGCAUUUUACGACCGGCCAGGUAUGCAAUUCAAACCGACUAGGGACAUCGAACUUAGGGCAAAACACGAGAUUUUCAAAGAUGUUGAAAAUGUAGAGCAGUACAAAAUAUUGAUCAGCUCUACGUCAUUUACACCUGAUGAAGAUUUUGGCCUCUUGCUAGAUGCAUUGAAGCUAUAUGACAAACUGCAACAAUCCAAUACACCACCCAUCUUACUAAUUGUCACAGGCAAAGGUCCAUUGAAGGACAAGUUUGUACAAAAGGUUAUCGAACUUGAUUAUUCACCACGAAUAAUUGUGAAAACUGCAUGGUUGGCAUCUGAGGAUUACCCCAAGAUAUUGGCGCAAGCGGACUUGGGAGUCUCGCUACAUACAUCAUCGAGCGGGAUUGAUCUACCGAUGAAAAUUGUUGAUUUUUUCGGAUCUGGGGUUCCUGUGGUAUCGCUAAGUUUCCCCGCCAUUGACGAGUUGGUAAAGGAUGGCGACAAUGGACUUAUAGUGAAGGAAUCAACAGCAGAAAAUUUGGUCAAAUUGUUGAAUGCAGUAUUUACAGAUGAGGAAUUAUUGUCAAAGUUGAAAAACGGUGCAUUGAAGGAAAGUGAGUCGAGAUGGGACGAGAAUUGGAAUACUGUUCUUCGACCCAAAUUUGUACAUAACUGA